AUGAGGAGCAACCACACAUGGGUCACAGAAUUCAUCUUGCUGGGAUUCAAUGUCAAUGCAGACAUGGAACUGCUCCUCUGCGUGAUCUUCUCCCUGUUCUUCAGCUUCAGUCUGCUGGCAAAUGGGAUGAUCUUGGGGCUCAUUUGGUUGGACACCAGACUGCAAACCCCCAUGUACUUCUUCCUCACACACUUGGCUGUCCUUGACCUAUCUUAUGCUGCUAAUAUUGUGCCCAACAUACUAGUAAACCUAGCAAAGCAUGAAAAAACAAUUUCCUUUCCCUCAUGUAUCACACAGAUGUUUUUCUUUUUGAUUUUUGCAGACACCGAGUGCUUUAUUCUGAUGAUGAUGGCCUAUGACAGGUACGUGGCCAUCUGCCACCCUCUCCAGUACACCGUCAUCAUGAGCUGGAGGGUGUGCACUGCCCUGGCUGUCAUAUCCUGGUCUUGUGGGGUUUUCUUGUCCCUUACACAUACACUCCUCCUCUUACGAUUGCCCUUCUGUGGACCCAGGGAAAUAAACCAUACCUAUUGUGAGGUUUUAGCUGUCCUCAAGUUAGCCUGUGCUGACACCUCCAUUAAUGAAAUAGUUAUCUUGUCUGCCUGUGUGUUUAUCUUAGUCGGACCCCUUUCCUUCAUGUUGGUCUCCUACACCCGCAUCCUUAGGGCCAUCCUGAAGAUCCAGUCUGGGGAGGGACGAAGAAAGGCCUUCUCCACCUGCUCCUCCCAUCUCUGUGUGGUUGGAAUCUACUUUGGCAUAGCUAUGUUGGUCUAUUUAAACCCAAAUAGUGAUCAACUAGAGGAGCAGCAGAAAGUUCUUGCAAUGUUUUAUGGCCUCUUCAACCCCAUGCUGAACCCCCUCAUCUACAGCCUGAGGAAUGCCCAGGUCAAAAGUGCCUUCUACAAGGUGCUGCAGAAGACCAGGGCCACAUGA